UGGGGCGUGUGCGCCCAAGGCCAAGGGCACCCGGGGACUGCUGGCUCCGGGCGCAGAGCUGGGGCCGAGCCCGGCGAGCCGGAGAGACGCCUCGUCCGAUUCAGGAAGUUGUCUCUGACAUCAGGGGCAGGACUGAGUGGGAGUGAAACCUCAAGUAUGCUAGGCGUCGGCCGGCGGAGCGCAGGGAGCUCAGGGCGCGCGGUCCUCGGGCGGCAGGCGCUGCAGGUACGCGGCGGGUGCGGGCCGCACCUCUGAGCCCAGGGCCUCCGCUCCGCACGCGCUCGGCCAGACGGCGGGGGCGCCAGCCGGGUGGCACUGUCAGACUGGGCAGUCCGGCUGACCCGGGCCACCCCGCCUGCAGGGAGUCCGCCCGCAGGCUGAAAGAUUUCCCCCCAUUUUGGAGAUGAAGAAACUGAGACCCAAAGCAGACCAGUGACUCUUCCAAGGACACACCCUGAGUGUGAUUGUGGGGUGUCCAAACCCAAAGCUGGAAAAGAAAUCCAUUUCAAGUGGGCAAGGCUGUGUCCUCUGGAGCCCAGGACUUGCCAGUGAGCUCAGAGGGUCCUCAGCCCCAGUUUAGCCAAGCACCAUGGAGAGAAUCACCUCCUUCUUCAACUCUAUCUGGGACACCAUCUUGACCAAACACCAAGAGGGCAUCUUCAACACCAUCUGCUUGGCUGUCCUCCUGGGGCUUCCAUUGCUGGUGGUUCUCACACUCCUCUUCAUCUGUUGCCAUUGUUGCUGGAGUCGGUCAGGCAAGAGCACCCAAAAGCCAGAGCAAAACAAGAGAAAGAAAAAGAAGAAAAAGGAUGAAGAAGACCUCUGGAUCUCUGCUCAGCCCAAGCUUCUCCAGAUGGAAAAGAGGCCAUCACUGCCUAUCUAGUUAGGCAGGAAGCAGGGGUAUCCCUCUAGGGCUAAGCCCCUUCCAGCCACACACAGACUAGAAACAGGAAUCCCUGAGAUGACUCUCAUGUCCACAGAGCAAUUGCUCACCCAAGGAACAGACCUCAGACUCAAUGUCCCAAUGGAGGGCACUUCCUAGGGACCAUGUGGGUGAUUCUUGGGCACUGUCUUGGCAGCUACGUGUCCAAUAACAAUGCUCUUUACUGCAUACCCAGGCAUGUCUUCUACUUGCCUCUGGCAUACCCCAUACCAAAACGCACAAAGAACAUUUAUUAAUAUGGCUCCCCAGUGUGUGAACACUCAUACCACACAUACACAUGCAAAUACAGGCAAUAGGUACAUGGGCAAGUAUAUUCUGUUCAUCUGUUGUGUACUUUGUGCAAGGAAAUGCAUGAUCCACCCUUGCAAAAAUAUCUCAUGGCAAGGCCUAGCCAGAUGCAGGCACAUAUAUACAUUCUGUAACCAGGGCAACGACCUGAUGCACUGUCCAUUCCAUAUGCCACUCAGGUUAGAGAGGUAUGCUUUCCUAUUUCAACAUGAUUGGAUGUUCCAGCAACCUAGUAUAGUCCCCACCCUGUGCACAUCGAUAGAGACACAGCAAGUGCCUGUACUUCUGACCCUUCACUUGUGCUUGAAAAAUGUGGUAGAUCAAAAUUUAUUGAAAGCUCUUUUGUUGCAACUCAUGAGAAAAUACUCAUAGCCACUGAUGGGUGUUUAAUGUGGUCCAAGGCCUCUCUUUAAUAUGCUUCUCCAAGAACCACUCAGCAAGGAACCCCCUCCAAGCAAAAAUGAACAGGUCUUGGUAGGGAUCACUGGAAGCCCAUGUAUUCUCUUCAGUGAGCUGCAGUUGUGUGCCUGUGCAAUGUAGGUUUAAAGAUGGGAAGAGUAAGGAGAUGCCAGCCAUCUCCUGAUGAACCAAAGAUGGUCCCCUGUGCUGCUGCACAGAACACAGACUAGAAGUGGUUUCACAGGUUCUAUGGGAGCAUGGUGUGUGGUAGUGGGAUGCAGAAGUAACACAGUUUAAAUGAAAGGGUGAAUCUAUAAAGAGGUUUGUUCAUCUUUAUCUUCAAGCUCAGGCAAGUGUCUUGCACACAGUAGGUACUCAUAACUAUGGUUGCUGUUGGAGGCAUGACAAUGUUAAGAGUACACUCAAAAUACCUCGCCAGUUCCUCCCAAGUGAGCUUCUCUAGUAAGUGAGCCCACUAACUGCUGCAAUGGAUGGAUUGAGGAGUUAAAUUCUAGAGUUCAGGCAGAACCAAGGGUCAUGGGACAUAAGUGCCUGAAAGUACCACCUGAGAUGUGUGUACCAGAGAGGGUGUCCUCCACCAGGCUGAGGUAGGAAGGCAGAGGGAAUCCAUCCACAUGACAAUUGGUUGCCAUUUUGAUUCGUGUGGUCAUAUAUGAAAGCAACUUGUUCUCUGAAAGUUCCUUUGCAGAUUUGCUGGGGAGCUCUCAAGAUGUUUUCUCACAAAAGCUGUUCUAAACAGUGACAAAAUCUCUGUCUAAUUAAUAAUGUAGUUAAACUAAGAUAUUUAUAAAACCAACUAUCUAAAUUCUGUAAGGCUAUAUGAAUGGAGAGAUGAACUCUGUUGCUCACUUGAGCAACCUGGUACUUUCCUGCCUUUCAGGUGUGCUCCAGACCUGUGGAGGGUGGGCAUCUGACAGUGAUUCUCACCAGGAUCUUCUAACUGGUGGCCCAGUGAAUCAUAAUUCAGGCCUGCAUAUAUUUUAGGGCCUCUUUGUUGCAUGGCAAUAAAUGCUUGGGGCACUCAAGGCCCUGCUCAUAAACUCCUCUGAAAGAAAGAAGCACUCUGAUCCUCUGUCCCUUGUCACAUGGAGAGUUUGUCAUGAAGUAUAUAAUGGCCCCCUUCAUAUCACAGGAUGACUAGUCACCUCCCCACAUCUGCCACUGCCCACAAAGACAAGUCACCCUUCUUGUCUCCAACUCUCAAUCCCCCUAAAGUGGAUGACUUGGGGGAGACAUGAAGGCUGACAGCUGAGACAGGGUGUCAGAUAUGAUCCAGGAGAGUGGAUCUCCCGGACCAGGGACCAACACGAAACAUGGUUUCCAUGGCAACUGGUUGCUAGUAUGAAUUAAGACAGCAGUCAGUUGUCAUUGCCCUGACAGGCCCCCGUCUCCAGGCACAGUGUCCCUGCUGUCUUCUAAUGGAAUGGACCUGUUUUAGCUCCAGGCAUGAAACACUCAGAAACUCACUUAGUUUCUUCCAUAGUCUGGGAUCCAGAGACCCACACCCUGAAUACAGGGCUGAUCUUCUAUGCCCCAGCCUCCCCUGAUGAGCUUCACUGGACUGCCUAGAAUAGUGCCAGUUCUGUGAUAGCCCUCACAUUUUUGUUGAGUAAAUGGAUGCAUGAAGCCUAAAGCAAUUGUUGUCCACUCUCCUUUCUUCCCACUUUAAUCCUAUUCUUUGCUCCCAUGUUUUAUGCUUUUCUUAUUUCCUCUAUUCUUGCUCUGAGCCAGUUUUAUUUUUUUUUAUUCCUUUCCACUUUUCUCUUUCUUCCCAGUCUCUGUCCUAGAACUGCUACUGGCAACCCAUGGGACUUCAGGGCCAAAGCCUGCUUGACUCAUUUGAGGAGGUUAAGUUAACAGGGACAACAAGAGGGUUGAUAAGGAAGAGGCUUCCUAAGCCAGCACCUGCUUGGUUUGGGGACCCCCUAGGCCUGGAUUCCUGAACAGCUUCAGCCAGACUCAGCCAACAGUGGGAGGUCCUUCCCCAUCACUCAGUGGAUUUGCUUUCUCUAUGUCUUGGAGGGAAAAAGAGUAGUUACCUCUUUAAGAAGAAUAUAAAUGGUCAACAUUGUAUAGUAUUUGUCAGUAUUUCUGUUUCUGUAAAAUGCGAAAACCCAUAAAAGAAAAACCUAUUUAAAUAAAAUACUUGGAAAAUGUAAAGUUA